ACAAGCAAAAGAAAUCAAUGAUCUUAAUGAUCGGGUGCCACUUUAGACCUAAGUGUGUGGUCAUUGGAUUUAAGGGAAACCUUUGCACGUGCACAUUUCUGCAUGUGUACUAUUAGCUUCCCUGCAGGCUGAGCAGAUGUCAGCCGAAGGAACAGGGUUAAAACAAUAAAAGACAGUAUGUCUCUUUGGCGGGUGGCUGAGGCUUUGCUGUUAUGCUAAUAACAUGAAUGUGAAAUUUACCCCCUGACAAAAGGAGCUUCGCCGAGAGGGGGGAUGGUGCACAGACACGACGCGGGGCUCCCGAGCAGCUCGGAUCGCCCGCGACACCUCGGUGGGCGUGGCCAGCGAGCCGAGGGCUUCCUGCUCGGGUGAACACGUGGUUCCGUGUCUACCUCUCUGCUCGUCUGUCAGCGUGUGAGCGGUUCCAGUCCCUCUCUUCACUCCUUUCCCUCCUUCACCCUCCCGUCGGCACAGCAGAUCAUCUCUUCUUUUCAUUUUUUUUAAACUCCGUCCCGCACGCGCCUCCUCCACCCUCACGCCGUAUCCUGCUACACUUCCCCGUUCUUCUCUGCGACGGUUCCCGGAACUACCGACAGCCAGGCCGCGGUCACUUCGGCGUGCGUCCGCUCCGAGAGAGACGAGGGGGAAAAGGAGAGUGUGUGUGUGUGGAAGUGUGUGUGAGUGCGUGUGCGCGCACCUGACCGCAACCGGUCCAUACGUGCAGCCCCCCCUCCCAUUUCACUCUCCCGCAUCGUUUUUCGGUCAUGACGCUGGAAUCGAUUCGCUACCGGGCCGGGUCCCUGCAGAUCCUCAACCAGCUGCUGCUGCCUCACCAGACCGCUUACGAUGAGAUCUGCUCGGUGCAGCACGCGUACGAGGCCAUCAAGUCCAUGAAGGUGCGCGGCGCCCCGGCCAUCGCCAUCGUCGGCUGCCUCAGCUUGGCCGUGGAGCUGCGAGCGGGCGCCGGCGGCGAUGACCCCGUGACCUUCAUCAGGGAGUCCCUGUGCCACCUGACGUCGGCCCGGCCCACGGCCGUCAACAUGGGCCGCGCCGCUCGCGAGCUGAUGGAGUUUGCCGAGAACGAGAGCAUGGAGAAGAACGCGGAGCAGCUCAGGGAGAGUGUAAUCGCCUGGAUCGAAGUCAUGCUGGAGCGUGACGUCAACGACAACAGGAAGAUCGGUAACUAUGGCGCGCAGCACAUCCUGUCGGGCGUCCCGAGGGACUCCGUGACCAUCCUCACACACUGCAACACCGGCUCGCUGGCCACCGCCGGAUACGGCACCGCACUGGGCGUGGUGAGGAGCCUGCACGCGCUGGGCAGGCUGAAGCGCGUGUACUGCACGGAGACGCGGCCGUACAACCAGGGAUCCAGGCUGACGGCGUACGAGGCGGUGGCGGAGGGAAUCCCCGCCACGCUCAUCACAGACAGCAUGGCCGCCCUCACCAUGCGGGAAAUGGGCAUCACAGCUGUGGUGGUGGGCGCCGACCGAGUGGUUGCCAACGGCGACACGGCCAACAAGGUAGGCACGUACCAGCUGGCUAUCGCCGCAAAGCACCAUGGGAUCCCCUUCUAUGUGGCGGCGCCCAGCACGUCGUGCGACCUGAGCCUGGAGAGCGGCAGGGACAUCGUCAUUGAAGUGCGUCCACCCGAGGAGCUCACCAGCAUCAACGGGGUCCCCAUUGCCGCCCCAGGCAUCGAGGUGUGGAACCCGGCCUUCGACGUCACCCCUCACCAGCUCAUCACCGGAGGCAUCAUCACGGAGCUGGGGGUCUUCCUCCCCUCUGAGCUGCAGGCUGCGCUCACCGGCCGCCUCACCGCCCUCUAGAGCCGCCGGCGCCUCCUGCUGCCCAGCGUGCGCCACUGCAUCUUGAUGUCACACAGCUGGAGACUCUCACGUCAUCGCACAACGCGCCCAUGGUUGUCGAUUAAUUUACGUUUGCUUAACGUGGCUGUUACACGCGGGAGAGUGUGUGUCCCUCACUCACAGAACUACGUGGAUUCAACGCAGGGAGUCACAUGCGCAGUCUCAUUUCUUUUUUGGUUCCUUUUGUUUCGUGGCUUGUGCAUUUCCCAGGUUUUCCAUCUUGUCCUUCAUUUUUCCUUUGUCACCUCUACCGUUCCUUUAACAACAGCUGGGCUCCAUUUCUCCAAACCCUAUUUGGCGAAACAUACAAUGAGGUCUUUUUUGAAAACAAAAGUGGCAUGACUGAUGUUUCUUUUUGUCAGUAGUGCAUUUAGCUUCGAUUUCUAAAAUGCUGCUACCCACUUGUAAAUAGACAUAUUCUUGCUGGUAGUUUGUACAUAUGUAGAACACUAACCCCUCCUCUAAGGUACCGAUAUUAUAACCAGAUAUGUGGUUAUUCAAAAUUAAAUUUGACUUUGGAAAUGUUAUAUUAACAUUUCUUUCAUUUGGCCUGUGUAGAGAAAAAAUUUAAAUUUAAAUUUCUCUUACAAUUUGAGAUAAAAAUUUUGAGCAAGUGAAAUUUGUCUCCCUCUAGUCAGCUGAAGCCUAAAACAAUACAGCACCAGUCAACAGACCAGUAGAUACAAACAUCCCAUAUAAUGUCAGCCUAUGGUGGUGGCUUGUUCUCCAUAGAGUGUAUGAAAUUGGUUUGUAAGAAUAAAUGGGUUUUAACUGGUUAAUCUGUUUUAAACUGCUUUUCACAUUACCCGUAAUGAAGCGUCUGCUUUCGAACUCAUCCUAAAGCGUCAGUCAGGUUCAGAUCAGGCGCUUCAUGUUGUUGGCGUGUCACCGGUUGGAUGCAGAGUGAGUUGGUGGCCUUGCUGGGUAAUUGGCAAUUUCAGAAAAAAAGCACCAAUAGUGUCACCAGCAGUGAACGCCCACACGAUCGCACCUCCUCCUCCUCCACCGGAGCUGCGCAUGCAAAGACGUCAGUACAACUUUUAACUUAGACAUGUUUUAGGCGUUUUGUGGAACCAAGAAAUCUUUUGUAUCUGCUGGUUUGGCCUCAACAUGAAUUUUGGUUGUUAAUAGUCAAAUCUUCGAAGUGUUUUUAAGGCACAUGAUUUGUGGGAUCCAAACUUCUAUUUGACGUAGUUUUGCUCAUCACAUAGUUCCUUUAGUCCUGGUGCCUUCAGUAACUUUAUAAAAAGAAAGAAAAAACACUGAGUGGAGUCCUGUGGCUGGUGCUGUACGGCUGUGUUAAAGCUCACUCAUGCCUUUAUUUGUAUCAUGGAUUGCAUUCUUUCCCUUGUCACAUCAUACAUUGCAUCAUAAUGUGCUUCUGUACAUGUACCAUAAUAUAUAAUAAGAACGUUGGAGCACUGAUAUAACUACACGUCACAGCACACUCUGUAAGAAUGAACAACACAGAGAAAGGGAUUGGUUUGAUUUUCACUGUGGCAGCGUUGGCUGAGAGACGCUUCUAAGACAGUUGUGUUUCUGUAAUGCAGGCCUCACUAUUAAAGGAGCAGUUCACCCCAGAAUGAAGGUUUGGGAUCUGCUCACAUCUGUCAAGGUUUUACAGAUUAAAAUCUGUUGUUCUUAAAGUAGUUACAGUAUUUUUUAGUGAAAACUUCCCGACAAAUAUUUUCUCACCUGACUCUUCGGUUUUCCCAGUCUAGUGAGCUCGUUGUUGGUUUACACCCACACUGUUGGUGAACGCUAACUGUGCUUGUUCAAUAAACAGAGGGCAGAUUAAAGUAGCGCUGCAGGUGAGCACAGUGCAGCUGAAGAGACGGGUUGUUCCCUCAGGAGCUGAAAGGAGAGUAAAUAUUGGCCGAUGUCCGCUGCACACAAACCUGAAUCCAACUGACUGAUCACGUAGCUCCAUGGCUGCAGCAUGUGUUUCCACGCAACAGUUUGCUAAAAUGUCUGCAUCAGCAUCUUUAAAGUGAUAACAAUGUGUUUAGAGCUUCUGUAGCGCAGGCAACACAAUGAAUGAGCGUGCGUUGAUCUCACACCCAAAGUGUGAAACCUAAAAUGUCAACGUAAAGUGACCCGAUGUGAUCUUGGCUUUGGGACGUCAUCGGGACAGAUGAGCACUGGCUGAAGUCUGAUUCAUUCUGAGGUGAACUGCUUUAUUAUUGGGUGUUUCUCUGUGCAGAAACUGCUAUUAUCAAGAUCAGAAUGUAACAUUCAGCUCUAAUGACCCUUCUGCAGUCACGGGCUACAGACACCCGGUCCAUUCUUGCCUUUGUACUCCGAUCAGAAUGUGUGUGGACUUACAUGGCGAUAAUCCCCGCUCACAGCUGAAUAGCUGCUACACACUGAUUCACCAUCAGAGUUUCCACCAGAUUAGGUAGAUGAAGAAACUCCUGUCAUUAGCAGAACUUUGCAGCCUUCUCAUUUUUUGAAAUAUGAAUAUUGGCUUUUUUUAACUAUAAAUUUGUGAUAAUUCUACACCUUUUAUCCACCCGUAACCAGUAGACUGUUAUUUAUUGUCCUGUGUCAAAUUAUGUACAGGAUCCAAAACAACAAAUGACUCCAUUCAUAGAUCUUGUGUGCAUUCACCUGUAUGGGAUGCACUUGACUGCUGAACUGAAUGUCACUGCUCACUGCCUUACAGGUGCAGCAACAAUACAACUCACGGGCAUGAGUGGACACGGUAGCGAGAGCCACUCAGUCUUCCUUCUGACCUGGUUUACCGUGGCCACACAGUCACCUUGACCAAGCUCAAAGGACUCUGGAGUGAAUCUCUCUGGGUGUGUGAUCAUGAUCACGAGCUAGUGUCAGCAGUGAGCAGACAGCUGACUGUCUGUCAGACUGUUGACAGCUGUUUGAGGGAUUUUUUUCUUUGUCGAAUUUCUCUGUGCUGGAUGAGAAACACAUGGAACGACUGACCACAUAACAUAUCAGUCAACCUUCUCACCACCUCUACUGUGACUUCACACAUUGCUCUUGUUGACUGUAUUAGUCACGUAAUUCAUUUUAAGAAAUUGACACUUGAUCCACCCUACUUUUUAUUCAACAGGGCCGCUGAUGGGUUCAGAGAAAACCACAAGAGAUAUUAAUGUGAUUAAUAUUAACAGUUCAAGUAUCCAUAGUGUUAUUGUCUCUAUCUUUAAAAUGCUGUAAUAUUAGCUCACAUCCUUCACUUUCAUCUUCCUUCUUGUAUCACCGCUCACACAAAUGCUGUUAGGUCACACACGAGUGCAACGACACCUGUGUUUGUGAAGUUUCCUUUCUGUUUUGUACAGUUUAGACCUCACGUGUUCGGGGGCGUUUUUAGACAAUGUUCCAGACAUAUGUAGCAACUCUCUGGCUAUCAGACCUGCCACAUGUUAUUUCUUUGUAAAUCUUUAAAGAGCUAUGGGAGUUUUGUUUGUCUACAUCAUGAUUAUAAGCUUUUCGCUUGUGGUUUGUUCUUUUAUUUCAUGACAUUGUGAUUCCUAGUGAUUAGGCCAUUAGUACAACACACUGGGGAGGCCUCCUCAACCAUACACACUACCUCUCUGUCUGCGUACACGGACUCAGACGCUGAAAUGCAUGAACACGAGCACUUGGUGUGCCAGGUUGCAGCAGAGCAGAUUGACAGAUUGCAGAACAAAAUCUGGACUAAAUGUUUUCACGUUUCACUGAGGUUGUGUAUAAAACACAAAGUGACAAAUUGUGGCAGUGCGUUUAGUUGCCAAAGUAGCCUAUAGAGCCAGGCAAGUUUUGUUUGGUUGAAGUUUGCAUUAGCUGUCAGCUUUAUAUGAAUUAUCAGCAGUAUUUAAAAACAUGUUCCACCACCUUUCUAGAACUAGAAAAACCUAGUGUGUCUGUUUUCAGGUGCCAAGAUUCAGCACCGCUUGCCACUUAUGUGUUCACGCGGAUUGGAAUAUGUGAUUAUUCACAAACGGAGUGAUUUUCAAAUUAUUAGUUCAGCCUCCAAUUACAGUGGAAGGAGUAUUGUUCAGAUGGCCUCUUUAAGUGCAAAUAUCCUCCUGUUGUUAUUGAUAAUCACUUGAAUUGGGUCUUUAUUUUAUAAGGUGAAAAGAGUUCAAAACUGGAUUUUUUAAAUAUAAAUGUAUAUGAAUAUAAUGCUGUAAUGUCAUUGAUUAAGAGAUUUCUCUUUCACAUCAAUACAGUAAAAACAAUAAAUGCGCAGUGAAAUUGGU